GCAGCACUAUUUGUGCCGAGGAAGCGCAUACCCUGUGAAGCGGCACUGCGGCACAGCCGUAUCAAUGCGCCCAGUCUUCACUCUGGGAUCCUGAGGCACGGACUGCAGGAGGAGCGCGCCUCAUCUUCCUCUCAGGAUUUCUCUUUUUUUUUCUCCGGGCUUCCUCCUUUUUGUUCUCUUCUUGCGAAGAACGUUGCAUUUGCGAAUGUCCGCGAACGAGUCGGACGGCGUCCCGUUCGCCAGGGGUGGCGUUUCUCGGUUCGGCACACCGCGUCUCGGGGGAGAGCCGCCGCGCUUUGUGUGUCGGUGGAAAUAAAGCGGAGCUGGAGGAGCGGGAGGCAGUGCCAGCCGCUGCUGUGGGCUGGACUGGCCACGGAGAGAAGAGAAGCAGUCUGCACUUAAAGGGUGUGGAACUGGAGAAGAUUGAAAUGCACCUGUCUGAGGGACUCACCUUUGUGGAAAAUGUCCAGGGAUAGAUUCAUUCAUUCCACGUGUACCUAUGUCUGAUGGAGUCUGUUGUUUGUCUCAGUAAUCAAUGUAUUUCUUGACACCGGCUUGGAUUUUAUUUUAGUGGAGAAGAGCACUAGCCCUUGGAUUUUGUUGUUUUAAAGCCUCAUUAACUCCAGGACUGCUUCAUAUUUUGGAUGGUUACUUGCAUUCUUGUGGAAAUUCUAUAAUAUUUUCAGGCCUUCUGGUGAAUUGUGCAUGCCUGUUUUGGGAGCUAUCUUGUGAAUACUUGCAACACCUUGGUAGGGCUUGGAUCUGGCCUGGGAAAUGGAUGGCUCACAGUCUGCUGGACUCCGCAAAAAGAGGAGGUCUAGGUCUGAACGAGACCGGGAAAGGAGGUCCAAGGGCUUACAAAAUAACCACGUGAGGUCUGGCAUGCUUCAGUUUUCCUCAGACUCCGAGCGGGAACAGAGUAGGAAUGCAUCCUCCUCUCGGCCUAGGCCUCCAAGGAGGAAGAGAAAGGAGUCGACCUCAGCUGAGGAAGAUAUCAUUGAUGGCUUUUCAAUUUCCGGUUUUAUGACACUGGAGGCACUGGAGAAGGACAUGGCCCUGAAGCCGCAGGAACGUUCAGACAGCCAACCAGGGACUCUGCACAAGAAGAGGCCGGGCCGCAUGCCCAAUGGGCUGAGUCUGGGUCCAUGCAAGGCCCGCCACCGUUACCGACACCACCACCACCAACAGCUGCGGCCACAACACCAGCACUCGGACCAGGAGAACAACCCUCGACUAGUGCCCUCGCUAGGCAAGAAGAAGAAGAUCCAGAAGAAGCAUCGACUGCUGAAGACGGGACAGAAUAUCUGCAGGGACAGUGACAGUGAGAGCGCCAGCACAGAGUCCAAACCCUCCUUGAGAAGCAGCUCCAGGGACAGGCUGAGCGACUGUGACAGUGAGAGUGACCAAGAGGACAAGGGCUCCGAUGCCAGCUCCGAGAAGCUCUUCAGCACCGCUGCGAAUAAAGUUGCUGAUUUCAGCGUUGACGCACUCGCCACCAAUGAAAGCCAAGACCCGCGAGGCCUGGGCAUCCCUAAGGUGUCGGGCCUAGAGAGGAGCCAGGAGAAGAGUCAGGAGAGCUGCAGGGAUUCUCCCCUGCUGGGUUUUGCCGUGCCAAAGCAGCCUCCCGCGGAGGCUCAGCCGCCGGCCGAGCCGCCUCCGCCCAGCCCAGCCAAAGCCCCACGCUCGGAGCCUGUGUUCCGACCACGUUCCCCAGCCACACUCACAGGACCUAGAGGCCAAGAUCCCUGCGUAGCAGUUCCCCCGCAGCUGCAGACCCAGACUCCAGUCCCGCUACAGCCCGAGCUGACAUCGCAACCACGCCCUCCGCCCACCCCAAACCCGCACGCCCUGUCCCCUGCCUUGUCGAACCACUUGAGCCAGCCUGGGCAGCAACGCCCCCCCUCGCGCUGUGUCCCGCGACCCCUGUCUGCUUACAGCAGCAGUCUCAGCCUCAACGGUCUAAGCAGCAGUCGGAGCAGCACCCCAGGCAAACCCCACGGCUCCCAUCCACCCCCGCACCUAUCCCACCACCCGGCCGCCUCGGCCUUCCCGCUGGCCCUGCCCGGCCAAAGCGUGGCACACGGAUUCCCCCCAGCCCUCCAGUCCUCACCACACCCACAUCAGCCCAAUAUGUUUGCUCCACCAGCGGCUUUGCCUCCACCUCCACCGCUCACGUCAAGCACUCUGCCAGUCCCUGGACACCCCGCUGGGAGUGCCUACUCAGAACAAGACCUGCUUCGUCAGGAGUUGAACACCCGCUUCCUCGCCUCACAGAGCGCCGACCGGGGAGCGUCGCUGGGGCCACCGCCCUACCUGCGCACUGAGUUCCACCAGCACCAGCAUCAGCAUCAGCACCAGCACCAGCACACGCAUCAACACACGCACCAGCACACCUUCACUCCGUUCCCCCACGCCAUCCCGCCCACCGCCAUCAUGCCAACCCCAGCACCACCCAUGGUGCGUACCCCAGCCAGAAAUUUUGACAAAUACCCAACAAAAGUUGAUCCCUUCUACAGGCACAGUCUGUUCCACUCGUACCCUCCGGCCAUGUCCGGCAUCCCACCCAUGAUCCCACCAACCGGGCCUUUUGGCUCCCUGCAAGGAGCGUUCCAGCCUAAGACUUCAAACCCUUUGGAUGUGGCCUCUCGGCCCGGAACGGUGCCACACACGCUCCUGCAGAAGGACCCCAGGCUGACGGAUCCGUUCCGGCCCAUUCUGAGGAAACCUGGGAAGUGGUGCGCGAUGCACGUGCACAUUGCUUGGCAGAUCUACCACCAUCAGCAGAAAGUGAAGCAGCAGAUGCAGGUGGACCCCCACAAGCUGGACUUUGGGCUCAAGGCUGAUUUCCUGAGUCGACCCCCAGGCCCCAGCCUUUUUGGCACAAUCCAUCAUCCCCAUGAUUUGGCUCGACCCGCCACCCUCUUCUCUGCUGCAGGUUCUACGCACCCAUCGACCGCACCCUUUGGACACCCGCCCCACCACCCCAGCAAUUUCCUCACCGCCAGCCCACACUUAGAGCCUUUCAGCCGACCGCCCUCAUUUGGCGGUCUGGCCACCCUGAGCACAGCAGCGUUUGGUGGGUUGGGAAAUCCAGCACUAACGCCCAACUCUGUGUUUGGCCCCAAGGAGAAUCCCAAUUCACAGCAGCACUUCAGCAGCUCCCAAGAGCCCUGGAACCGUCUCCACCGGACACCCCCUUCCUUCCCCACACCUCCUCCGUGGUUGAAGCCUGGGGACUCUGAGAGAAGCACUUCGGUCACCUCACACGAUCGUGAUCGUGAUCGAGACACGGACAAAAGGGACACCUCUGCCAGCAAGGAUGACAAGGAAAGGGAAGCCAUUGAAAAACGCCACCAGAGCCAUGCGUCUCCUGCCCCAGUAUCCUCCAUUGGGCCACUGGGCCACAGCCGAACGGCUGAGUCGGCCCGGAGUCAUCUGCCUGGAGAGACACGGGACAAAGAGAAACCCAAGGAAAGAGAGAGGGAGCGGGAGCAGAAUGAUGCCUGGAAGGAGGCUGGUACUGAGGAGCACAAGCAGAAGGACAGCCACCACAGUGAGAAGGAUGCUCCUGUCAUCCAUGACAGCCGGGCGGUCGAGGAAAAGUCCAUCAACCGGGUGACGUCACCCUAUGUGCGGCCUGCUGGCCCCGAGCGUCCCAACGGAAGCUUAGGUCGUGACCCCAGCGACCGGAAAGCCGAGGCCCAGUACGAACACCAAAAGAAAAGCGGUGAGGUCAAAGUGAAGGAGGAGCGCAAGGAGGAGCAGGAAGGCCCUGUAGAUGGCCCGCCCUCCCACAGACCCACUGACCACCCCCCUACAGCCCCACCAGGCCCAGGAAUCCACCCACCCUCUUCAAUUGCUUCCAUGACUAUAUCCAUGGGCAUGGCAGGCGUACACCCCAUGAACAGCAUCAGCAGCUUGGAGAGGACUCGUGUGGUGGCCCCUUUCAUGGGCAUCAGCCCCAUCCCGGGCACCGAAAGGUUCCCCUACCCUCCCUUCCACUGGGACCCCAUGAGAGACCCCCUCCGGGACCACUACAGGGGUCUGGACAUCCAUCGCCGGGAUCCUCUAGCUCGGGACUUGCUGCUGAGGAAUGAUCCCUUGCAUCGGCUGGCGGCGCCCCGGCUGUACGAGGCAGAGCGCUCCUACCGGGACCGGGAGCCUCACGACUACAAUCGGGACCACCACCACCACCACCACCCACUGGUGCUGGAGCAACGGCGGGAGCAGGAGCGUGCCCACCUGGAAGAGCGUGAGCGGCUGCACCUGCUGCGGGAUGACUAUGAGCAUGGUAGGCUGCACCCUAUGCACCACCCAGCCCUGGACGCCCAUCUACCCCACCCUGGCCUCAUGGCUCCCAGCCUUCCCAGCAUGCACUACCCCAGGGUCAGCCCUUCGACAGCUCACCAGAAUGGCAUGCUCAACAAGACUCCCCCCACUGCUUCCCUGAGUGCUCCACCGCCAUUGAUCCCCACGCUGGGGGCACGGCCCAACUCCCCCAGAAGGACUACGCCCCUGACAGCGGAUAUUAGGGACAGACCUCCUUCUCACACCCACAAAGACAUAGAGGCGCGGUGAGCACUGGUGUAGAAGAUGCCCGAGCCUUGUGCCUGUCUGACACUGAACUCCGACCAAGCACUUAGUACUGGGCUGCCAGAGUGUACCAUAAAUGUGUGUAAAUAUGGGAAAGGAGAGCGAGAGCGCUGACACGUUUUUGAUACGAAAAAAAAUCUGAGAAAAUUGCGAGGAAAAAAUAAGCAAAUAUUUUAUCUGAUUUGCUCCUGCUUUUGUGUGUAUAUCUUUUUACCUCUACAGAGUAACAGUUGUUGAGCAAUCAGGAGACCUGGCAAGGACAGAGCACCUCUAGCGCAAUGUACAGGUGACUUAAAAAACGGUUAGUCACAGAAGGCAGACUUUGUACAUAUGUGUACAGUUGAUGUGCUUCGGCCCCUGAGGUCAAAAUCGCGGUACAAAUAUGCAAAAGGGACUAAUGAAAGCUUUACUUUGAACACAUGUACAGAGGAGCGCAGCUGGAGUGCAGGACUUCUUACAAAUGAGCUUUUUUCCUAUUUGCAUUAGUUUGCUCGGCGCACUUGCGCGGAGUUAACAUUGCUUCACAGAUCACCCCCCUCCAACUAUGCAAUGAAUGUUUUUGGCUCCCUUCUGAAAGUCUCAGUGGUUUUCAAAAGGAGCCUUUUCACUAUCCAAACUUGCCUCCCUCCCAGACAAAAGGCUGUAUUCUCUUCAUAACUGGAAGGCCCUGUACAUUUCAAUCUCCGCUUUUGGGUGACUUCUGGAAAACCAUAUUUUUCCCUUUUUGCUGUUGAUUUAAUGUCCUAGGUCUGCCAAAAAUAAAACAAAACAUACACCAGAUGCAUUUGUAUGUAUUCAUUCAUUUAGCUGACACUUCUCCGGAGCGACUUACCCAUUUAUACCGCUGGGUAAUUUUUACUGUAGCAAUUUAGGGUAAGUACCUUGCUCAAGAGUGCUACAGCUGGAGGCGGCAUUCAAACCUGUGACCUUUGGGUCCAAAGGCAGCAGCUCUAACCAGUGCACUACCAGCUGUCCCAGAUCAUAUCUUUCCUGAAUAUGCCAUUGGUUUGCUAGUGACAAUCCUUAGAGUUUUGUUUUUCAAAAUUAUAUUUUAGAGUCGUCCCAGCCCUAAAUUGAGCAAACUCAUGAGCCUAAAAGGUACCAAAAGCAUCACCUUCUGUACCCCGUCACCCCUUGUUAUGUAACAGCAAGAUCAUAAUUGGGCCUUUUUCGUUUGGAGGAAAUACAGCUUUAAUAAGGCAGAAAUCGUCUCUUCCGAAGGAGAGUUAAAGUAUGUGUAUGAAAAUAAAAUUAGUUCCGUUGGUUUAACAGUGUAUUAAAGUGCUAUCCUAAGUUGUUGUAUCUUGAGAAAAGAAAAGAUGGAAAAAGUCUGAACUAUGGACAGUUUGUUUCUAAUGAGCAGAGUUCUAUUUUAGUAGUCUACUGAAGGUUUAGUUGUACGCUUCAAACUAUGUGAAAUCCAGAUGUUGUGCAGUGUUUUUUAUCAAACAAAAAUGUACACUGGAACAGUAGUGUUAGUCAAUGAGUAUUGCAAAGAGAUUAACAAAAACCUUUUUUGCUGUUUAUCAUGUACGUAAAAUGAAGUCCUUUCUAGAUCAUAUGUAAAAAAAAAAAAAAAAAAAAAAAAAAAAAGGCGAAGCGACUGAAUCUUCAGCAUGUUCCUCAUUUAAACUUGUGUUAUGUAAAUUGUGCCAUGUUAUUAAAAAAUACGAACUAAA